AUGGCCGACAACGGGACUGCGUCCCAGUAUGAGGACGUCUUUGAGGAUGGCGUUGCGCCGCCUCAGACCAUUCAUCGCAUCCGUGCCAAUUCCACCAUCAUGCAAUUGAACAAGAUCCUCGAGGCCGACGAAGCCUACGUCAUUGGUAAGCGCGGACAGUAUACUCCAGUUGGAGCUUAUCUCGCUGGCGACGAGAUCAUCAAGAUUGCCCUGGAGCAUGGCGCCCAGAUGAUCCAUCCUGGCUAUGGGUUCCUCUCCGAAAAUGCAGAAUUCGCUCGUAAUGUCGAGAAGGCGGGUUUGAUUUUUAUCGGCCCCUCUCCAGAUGUUAUCGACGCCCUUGGUGAUAAGGUCUCUGCCCGAAAACUUGCCAUCGCUGCCGAUGUCCCCGUCGUCCCCGGUACAAAAGGUGCGGUUGAGAAGUUUGAGGAGGUGAAGUCCUUCACGGAUCAAUAUGGCUUCCCCAUCAUCAUCAAGGCAGCAUAUGGCGGUGGUGGUCGUGGCAUGCGUGUUGUGCGAGACCAGGAGUCGCUCAAGGAGGCUUUUGAGCGAGCUACUUCUGAGGCCAAGUCUGCUUUUGGCAAUGGCACUGUCUUUGUUGAGCGUUUCCUCGACAAGCCCAAGCACAUUGAGGUCCAGUUGCUUGGAGACAACCACGGCAACAUUGUCCAUCUGUACGAGCGUGACUGCUCAGUCCAGCGAAGACAUCAGAAGGUCGUCGAGAUUGCCCCGGCCAAGGAUCUUCCUACCGAAGUUCGUGAUGCUAUCCUGAACGACGCUGUCAAGCUGGCCAAGUCCGUCAACUACCGCAACGCCGGUACCGCUGAGUUCCUGGUCGACCAGCAGAACCGCUACUACUUUAUCGAGAUCAAUCCCCGUAUUCAAGUCGAGCACACUAUCACCGAGGAGAUUACCGGCAUCGACAUUGUUGCUGCUCAGAUUCAGAUCGCUGCGGGCGCUACCCUUCAGCAGCUUGGCCUCACCCAGGACCGCAUCUCGACCCGCGGCUUCGCCAUUCAAUGCCGAAUCACCACAGAAGAUCCAUCGAAGGCGUUUCAACCCGAUACCGGGAAGAUUGAAGUAUACAGAUCCGCUGGCGGCAAUGGUGUUCGUCUCGAUGGUGGCAAUGGGUUUGCAGGGGCUGUCAUUACACCAUACUAUGACUCGAUGCUUUGCAAGAUCGAUGAUACUCCACAGCUAUUCGAUCUUGUCAGUGGUCAGAAUCGCGCACAAAAAUUGUUGGCUUACCUCGGAGAUCUUGCCGUCAACGGCAGUAGUAUCAAGGGUCAAGUUGGUGAGCCAAAGUUCAAAGGUGAUAUCAUUCACCCUGUGCUCUUGGAUGAGGCUGGUAACAAGAUCGAUGUUACCGAGCCAUGCCAGAAGGGUUGGAGACAGAUCAUUGUCGAGCAAGGACCCAAGGCGUUCGCCAAGGCUGUUCGUGAAUACAAGGGAACUCUGCUUAUGGACACCACUUGGCGAGAUGCUCAUCAGUCUUUGCUGGCAACUCGUGUCCGUACUGUGGAUCUUUGCAACAUUGCCAAGGAGACGAGCCAUGCUCUCGCGAAUCUCUACAGUCUAGAAUGUUGGGGAGGCGCAACUUUUGAUGUGGCAUAUCGAUUCCUUUACGAGGAUCCUUGGGAUCGUUUGAGGAAAAUGCGCAAGCUGAUUCCCAACAUUCCCUUUCAAAUGCUUCUUCGAGGCGCCAAUGGCGUUGCAUACGCGUCUCUUCCCGAUAAUGCCAUCGAUCAAUUUGUCGACCAAGCAAAGAAGAACGGCGUAGACAUUUUCCGAGUUUUCGAUGCUUUGAACGAUAUCGACCAGCUUGAGGUUGGUAUCAAGGCCGUUCACAAGGCUGGAGGUGUUGUUGAGGGCACAGUCUGUUACAGUGGAGAUAUGCUCAACCCCAAGAAGAAGUACAACUUGCCAUACUACCUUGACCUGGUUGACAAGCUUGUUGCUCUCGACAUCCACGUUCUCGGCAUCAAGGAUAUGGCCGGCGUCUUAAAGCCUCACGCUGCCAAGUUGCUUAUUGGCUCUAUUCGAAAGAAGUACCCGGAUCUACCAAUCCACGUCCACACUCACGACUCAGCGGGUACCGGUGUGGCCUCGAUGGUUGCUUGCGCUCAGGCCGGUGCCGACGCCGUUGACGCCGCUACGGACAGUAUGUCUGGUAUGACUUCUCAGCCCAGCAUCAACGCUGUACUGGCUUCUCUCGAGGGCAGCGACCUCGACCCGGGCCUGAACGUUCAUCAUGUCCGAGCCCUUGACACCUACUGGCAGCAACUCCGCCUUCUCUACUCGCCAUUCGAGGCUCACCUUGCUGGACCAGAUCCUGAGGUCUACGAGCAUGAAAUUCCAGGCGGCCAGCUAACCAACAUGAUGUUCCAGGCUCAACAGCUUGGCCUGGGUUCACAGUGGCUCGAAACCAAGAAGGCGUAUGAGCACGCCAAUGAUCUUCUCGGCGACAUCGUCAAGGUCACGCCAACUUCCAAGGUUGUUGGCGAUCUGGCUCAGUUUAUGGUCUCCAACAAGCUCUCCUCGGAGGAUGUGCAAGCGAAGGCAGCUGAGCUAGAUUUCCCUGGCUCAGUUCUAGAAUUCUUCGAGGGUAUGAUGGGUCAACCAUACGGCGGAUUCCCCGAACCCCUCCGCAGCAAUGCUCUCCGUGGUCGCAGGAAGCUUGACAAGCGGCCGGGUCUCUUCCUCGAGCCCGUCGACUUCGGCAAGGUGAAGCGCGACCUUGCUAAGAAGUUUGGUGGUGGCGUUACUGAGUGCGAUGUCGCUUCGUAUGUCAUGUACCCCAAGGUCUUCGAGGAUUACAAGAUGUUCAUUCAGAAGUACGGCGACCUGUCAGUUCUGCCCACCAAGUACUUCCUUUCGAAGCCUGAGAUUGGCGAGGAGUUCCACGUUGAGCUUGAGAAGGGUAAGGUUCUCAUCCUUAAGUUGCUUGCCGUCGGUCCUCUUAGCGAGAACACUGGCCAGCGUGAGGUCUUCUACGAAAUGAAUGGGGAAGUCAGACAAGUCACUGUCGACGACAAGCAAGCGAGCGUCGAAAACGUCAGCCGACCCAAGGCCGACCCCAGCGACUCCAGCCAGGUCGGUGCUCCGAUGGCUGGUGUGUUGGUUGAGCUUCGAGUCAAGGACGGAUCCGAGGUCAAGAAGGGCGAUCCUCUUGCCGUUCUGUCUGCGAUGAAGAUGGAAAUGGUCAUCUCUGCCCCGCACAACGGCAAGGUCUCUUCACUAAUGGUCAGGGAAGGCGACUCUGUCGACGGAACUGAUCUAGUUUGCAAGAUUACAAAGGCUGCCUAA